CUGUGUUUAAUAAAGUUAAAUGCAAAAAAAAGAAAACAUUGCAGAGUGACGUCUUUGUCGCGCGACGCAGUCCACAGAGGAGGACACGCGUGUUUUUUUGGGGACACUUUUGAGUUCGGUUUUCGGUGCGUUGGAGCCGGUGUGAUGGGGGACACGAGCCGGCUGUGCUCCGUGUGGCUCGGCUCGGAGACCGGAAUCCUGAAGGGGGUCAGCCUGUCCCGGAAGCAGGCCUUCAACUUCUGCAACACGAGCCACCUGAGCCGGGACCAGGAGGUGCGCGCGCUGUGCUGGGGGGACCCGGCGGAGAGCGAGCUGCUGGUCGGUACCGUGGACGGAACCGUGAAGACCUUCAGCACCGAGAAGGGCGCCUUCACCGAGAGCCGGCGCUGCGGGGACCCCGCCGAGGGCUGCUUCACCGGGCUCGCGGUGCUCGGCGGCUCCGCGCUGGUCACGAGCGUGGAGAGCGGGACGGUGCGCGUGUGGAGGGAGGACAGCAGCGAGCCCGUGACGGAGCUGCACGCGGGGAAGAGCGUGUGCAGGAUGCGGCAGAGCCCCGCGCACCGGCACAAAGUGGCCACCGGCGGGAAGGAGAACGGGCUGAAGAUCUGGGACCUGGAGAGACCCGAGACACCCGCGUUCACCGCGAAGAACCUGCGGGACGACUGGCUGGACCUACGGCGGCCGCACUGGGUCAGAGACGUGGCCUUCAUCCCGGACUCGGAUAAAGUGGUCACGUGCACAGGUUACCAUCAGGUGUGUUUAUAUCGAAGUGCUCAAAGUGGCAAAACAGCUGCCAAAAAGGGAUCCAGCAGCCAAACUCCGUUUAGAAAACAUCUGUUUUAAAGUUUACGUCUCUGCUGGCAAAUCUGCGCCGCAAAGAAAAAGACAUUUUCCCUAAAUUAUGUUUACUGUGAUGUAUUUUCCAAUUCGGCAUACAGCGUAUGCGUCAAAAUUAAAGGGACAUUCCGUAAACAAAGUGUCGACCACA